CAUUCGAUUUGUGCGCUCGGUACGAGGUGGUCAAGACUUAUUUUUAAAUCUAUCCUUUCCACGGCCCUCAAACCGGACCAGCAUCACAUCAUUUGUCAUUCGGUUCAGCAACAGUGUGUGGCUGGCUUGUCUCAGUUUCGGCAGAUCAUCUUCUGAUUUGUGCAAAUAAAAAACAAAGUACUAAGCUGGCGUUAACACUGCGACGAAAUCCUGGCUCGGAAGCAGCUCAGCAAUUGUCAUUCCACCGUACCCAUUGCGGGCACGAUUGCUUCGAUCUGAGAAAGCUGAUCGAACACACCUCCUCCGAUCAUUUCACCGAAGACCCGGCAACACAAAGGUUUGCAUCUGAAGGGAGUGUGUGCUUGUGUGGGUAAAGUGAAGCGAAGCUCGCGAAUGUGUCGAGAGGUGUACGGGGUUAAGGUCAGUGUCUUAAUAUAACCGGUAAUCUCUGUUGUUUUCGGAAACAAAACGGUACAGUGCAAACGAAACACACAUGCACACCUAAUCAUACUUUAGUUCCGUGUCGAUUGUUUGGCCGAGUGUGUGAUUCGUUUCGAUCACAGCGAAUUUCGAAUUAAAAUAUUCCGUGUCGAGAGUGGAAAUCCCCCCGGGAACGAGUGUUAUCAGCAUUAUUUUCUGUCCAAUAGGCGCCACCAUUCGAUUCGGUGUCAAAGCACAUCGAAUGCCGUGUGUUUCGUCGAUCGUUGCUCGCUAGCGCUGCGGUUAAUCGAUUCGACUGUUGAUCGAUCGACAAAACCGCACGGGAAGCUGCACGGCGGUGAAUCUGCGUUUUCUGCGUAGAAGAACAACCGAACAAAACAAAACAAAAACGGUUUAAUAACCUUCCCGACGGUCAACGGCAAUCGAUUAUGAAUUGCGGACCGGUGUGUGCGUGAGCAAGCAAGCACGGCAAGCUGUCAAGUGAUUAAAAAAAAAGACACAACACGAGAGCGCCUAUCGCAACGGAACGCACCCGGAGAACUUUAGUAGUAGUGCGCCUGUCCGCGUGGUGAAACAAAAACAGAGAGCGAGAGCGAGAGCGAACGCGAAUGCAACAUCACCAGCUCUGUGCAGUACACAAGUUUUAUUGUCCCGCGCGCUUUAAUCGAUCACUGCACGCUCAGGAGGUGCAGGUGUGCAACUGUACCGCGAACCCGCCGAUAAUAUAUCAACAAAGAGAAUAAAUGCGUGUGUGCGUGAGAGAGAAAGAUAGAAAAUAGUGCCAAAAAUUGUACCAUUCCCGAACGUACAACUGCUCCUCUCAGUGCAAAGCCAUUUCUCCCUGGUUGGUGUUUGUAUCUCGCAGCCAUCUUUGAUCGAAAAAAGUGCACCAUUGUUUUGAUUCUCAGUUUGCUGUGUCAGCUGGUAAGUCAGCUGAUGGGAAAAGGAAGUGAAAACACCGGAACAAAGUGAUAUUUGUACAGUGUGCGUAGUUUGCUAUUUGCUAACAGCUAUUAUCGGAUGCGUGUUGUCGUCCGCGUUCUGCAACAAAGGAUAUAAAAUCACGCAGCGGAAAAAAACGAAACGCCGGAACGUCCUUGGAAGGUUUGUUGUUGUUGUUGCAAGUGACAGCAGUGCGGGUGCUAAACAAACAGAAAAAAGCAACAGCCUUGCCGAGCCUUCAACUUGCCGCCCGCCGGAACUGGUAGUAGCAGGAAGUAAUAUCUGUCCAACAGGCGCUGCUUCUAGUGCUUUCCUGAACUUGAAUCGAUCGAAGUUGCCCGGGACCGGGCUUGUUUGUCUAAGCUUACUGAGAUAAGACCUGGCUUCAGGUGUUUUGUGUUAGCGAAGUUUCACCGUGAACUGGAGGAAAAGUGUUCCAGCGACGUCCUUGCAGCAUGGCGCCGAUAGCGACUACAAACGAACCGAAAAUGGCUCAGGGUGGUGAGGAAACGCUCACGCGCCACGCGGAUGCAAAUCAGCGUUACUACACGGCCACCACCAACCGCAAAGCUGGCAUCAAUGAAGGAACACGCGAUGGAGCAACGAUGGCGGCAGUUCCGGCGACACUAGCACCCGGCAACUCGGUCAAACCUUGCCCACUGCGAGCACCACUCGUCGUCACCGUCGUGGGACUACCGUGCAGGGGGAAAUCGCUAGCCGCCCACAAAGUUGCCCGACAUCUGAGCUGGCGAGGCGAAAGCGCCAAAGUUUUUACCGUGGAUGAAAAUGCAACCAACGAAACGCUCAAUGAGAUUAGUCUGUUCUUCAAGGAAGGAAAUAAUGUUGCGAUCAUCGACGGUAUGCACUUGGCACGGGCCGCUCGCCAAACCGUGGCCACCUUUUGCGCCGAGGCCGUCUUUCAUCAUCUGCUGAUCGAGUUUACGUGCAACGACAAAUGCCUGCAGGAGAAUGUGGCUGACACGGUACAAUUUUACCACAACCUCGAUCAGAACAUCGACUGGGAGCGACGCUUCCGGGAGGGUAACGACCACCAUACGCCUCACUUUGAACCGUGUUCACCACUCGAGGGUCCACUGAUUACGGUCAACAACUCGGAGGACCCGAUGUAUCACUCGGUGACGGCGCGAGGCGUUCGGGGUGCUAUUCAGACGGACAUUCUGGGAGUAUUGGCUAGCCCAGUUAUCCGUCAGCAAACGUUUUACUUCAGUCGGCAUGGAGAAUCGGAGUAUAACGUGUUGGGACGCAUCGGUGGGGAUGCGGAUUUGUCCCCACGGGGCAUGAAGUAUGCCGAACGGUUGGCCCGACAGCUGGGAGGCCCCGGAUCGGCACCGGACAGUCCUCGACCGAAGGUGAUCUGGACAUCGGAGUUGCGACGUACGAUCCACACCGUCCAGAACAUCCCGGGCCCGAGGGCAGCCAUUAAAGAUCUUAACGAGAUUAAUGCCGGUAUCUGCGAGGGAUUGACGUACGAGGAAAUUCAGGAAAGAUUUCCGCAAGAAUUCGCCUGGCGCGAUCAGGACAAGUUCAAGUACCGGUAUCCACACGGCGAGUCCUAUCUGGAUCUGUUGCAGCGCGUAGACAGCGUGGUGCAGGCUCUGUUGACCAAUACCGAUGUGCUGGUCGUUUCACACCAGGCCGUGCUUCGCUGUAUAAUGGCGUACUUCAAGGGUGUUAAACCAGAUGAUGUGCCGUACAUCAAUGUGCCGUUGCACACGCUGCUAAUCGUACGAUCGUAUGGAUACGAUUUUGUUGUAGAAACGGUUCCACUAAAGGUGGAAUGUGUAGAUACUUAUCGCAUCCAGCCGAAGAACUGCUCCACUAGCCGUACAACGGCCGAUGCCCUAACGACUGUGCCGGCACAUUUCGAUGCACCACUGUCUCAACAAAUGUCCACAAUCAGCUAAAAGCCAGAAAGGCACUCUCGCACAGCAGAUUCGUUCGCGGAAGCAUUGAAACUGAGUGAUAAGCGCUCGCGUAGUGAUUGCAACGAUAGUUUACAAUUAAUCGAUUGUCAAGUGGCGAUAGAGCCUAACAUAGGUAGCAAGUCAGUGCAAUCACACAAAACACGAAUCGCUUUUAAACAGAGUUCAACCAUACCGGCAACGCCCGCAUCGCACGGAUCUUUCAACAGUUCUUCCACAAUUGUUCGUACAAAACAUUGUUAGUGAGCGAAACCACAAACGAUACCCGCACACACGUGCAAUUGACCGUUUAGAGGUGAUUUAACGUAACAUGCUGCAACACACAACAUGCCUUAGGGAUGCAUUUUUUAUUGGCAAAACCAAAAAACCAUUAGGCUGCUUACGGUAUUGGGUUUUUGGAAAAUUCGAUUUCGAAGGCGGAAAACCCCGAGUGUGGUGGUUGGAAAUGUACGGCAGGGGGUCAUAAAAUUCGAUCGUGGUUGUAAAGGCAAAUUAUUCACAUGACUCCAGAAGCAAACGGACAGGCGAAAAGGUUGAUAAUCAGCUGCAGGGUGUCGAUGAUGGUACAGCAGAAUGAUAAUACAAAUGCAUUUCUAUUGUUUCUAUAGUAGGGUUUAAGAAAAGUGAGUGAGUUCUAGGCGUUGCGUACGAAAAGAAAGUCACAAAAAACCACACACACAGCAAGAAAUCAACUGGAAAGGCAACAUCGCAUGAAAUAUCAAUUGGCAGGAUCAAUUUGCAAAGCAAAGUGAGGAAAGAUCUGGGCAUGAGAUACAAAGGGACACAAAAAGGGGUGCAAAUCCGAAACGCAAAAAAGGGAACCCACAAAUGUUGAUCAAAUCACACACACAAAAAUGGCAUAAACUAUGUUACUGAUACUAUAGGAUGGGUAGAAAAAAAAAAGUUUAUUUUAAAAAAAAGGAAGUAAGAAGAGCUAUUGUUUUAAAUAUACAUAUAAAACGAAAGGAAAAAUAAAGUAAACAAAGUGGAGUGAAAAACGGA